UCCAGGCCACUGGCCACCAGGGCAGGAUGAAGCUGCACAGUGAGCACCAGCCCCAGGCCUGGAGCACCCAGCCCACCCCUGAGGUGCCAGAGAACCGCAGCCGCGCUGCUUUAUUGGAAAGAGCAGAGGAGCUGCUGGCAGAGAGAACGGCAGGUGGAGAUCCCCUGGUACAUCUGCUGAAAGGACAACUCUACUACGAGGAGGGGUUGUAUGAAGAAGCAUUAGUACAAUUUGAAAAAAUCAAGGAUACAGAUUUCCAAGCCAUGUAUCAGCUCGGGGUGAUGCACUACGACGGACUGGGCACUAACUGUGACCCUGAAAAGGGGGUGGAAUACAUGAAGAAAAUACUAGACUCGGAUUCCCCAGAAGCAAGGCACUUGAAGUUCUCAGCUGCCUACAACCUCGGCAGAGCGUAUUACGAAGGAUGUGGAGUCAAGCGCUCAACUGAAGAGGCUGAAAGGUUGUGGCUUCUUGCCGCAGACCACGGGAACCCAAAAGCAAGCGUGAAGGCCCAGAGCACUUUAGGAAUGCUUUAUUCCAUGUCAGGUCUAAAGGAUCUGAAGAAGGCCUUUUUCUGGCAUUCAGAAGCGUGUGGCAACGGGAGCCUGGAAUCACAGGGAGCGCUGGGUGUUAUGUACCUCUACGGACAAGGUGUACGUCAGAACACGAAAGCUGCUUUGGAGUGUUUGAGAGGAGCAGCAGAACGGGGCAACGUCUAUGCUCAAGGCCAUCUCGUGGAAUAUUAUUACAAAAGAAAAUUUUACUCAACAGCCACUGCGUUAGCCAAAAGGAUUACGGAGAACGAGGACAUCGAUGUGGUAGCCAAGGUCACGGACUGUCUUCCUGCCUACGUAGCCAAGGGGGUCGCUAUGGCCACCUUCUACUUGGGCAGGUGCCUCCAGCUCGGCCGGGGCAUCCAGCAAGAUCCAGCCGCUGCCAACGAAUAUUAUUCUAAAGCAUGCCUUCUGGAUCCCAGCGUGGCUUCUGACCUGGAGCUGGCAACUAAUCUUGGGAGAAUUUAGCAUUUCCUUUAACUGUGACUGAUAGAGAUCCAGAGCUGGGAAUUGGCCUGCGUGACACUAAGCUUUACAGUGCAAACCAUGUCAGCUUCUAAGACCAGAAGCUACUACUUACAGAACUGUGGAGAAAAAAGGACAAUUAGCAUGGAAACAUUCAAUAAAAUACAUGUGUUGUUCGCCCAAGUCCAGUUUUCCUCAAUUCUUAUUUGUAUUGCACUUACGCUGCCUCUGCAUUAGAAAGAGCUGAAAGCCUUUUUGCUGGGGUACAUGUGCCUGAGCAGCAUCACGCUGAGUCCUUCAUCAAAAGAUACUUUGAUCAACCACUAGUGAAUGCUACUGAUUGCUCUGCUCAACUGGCACACUUCUAAAUACCUAUUUACUUGUAACACCUCCUGUCUGCAGAAUUUGGCUUCCUUCUUGGGACCGCGCCGUGACUUGAAGACUUCUUUGGAACUGCUGAGAGCAGGCAGCUACCUGUUAGUAAAAACACUGAUUUAAAUACAGAAAACUGAUUUUAUGUGCCCUAAACUACAGCCAGACCUAACAGUUUUUCCGACAGCACAACUGCACUGGAAUUAAAAGAAAGUAAUGAGUGUCA